GUCUUUCCGGCGAGGAAAUGGUUAAUCGCACGUCAAACCCCUCCCAUUAUUGUCAGUCAAUGUAUUAAUAAUCGUACCACCUUAAAUGGCGCUUUAAAAGGCAGGGAGCCCAGGUCGCCGGGGACCAGGCUGCUGUCUGCGGGCUUGUGGUGCUGAAGGAGCCGCUUCGUCAUGUGGUCCGUCUUCUUCGUCUUUCUGUCGUACCUGGACAGAAACCUCGUCAAGGGCGACUUCCCGAGCCCCUCGCUGGGGGUGGGAGACGAGGGCGGCGAAGUCUUCUACAUGUUCAACGGCACCUUCUGCGCCAAGAGCGCCCGCGUCGGCGCCCACGACCUCCACCAGGUGCCCGACGGCGUGGAGGAGGUCCGCUCCGUCCGCGACCCGCGGGGCGGGCUACUGGACUGCGCGGUGGUCAGCAGCCCGAUGGAGGUGAAGUCGUUCAUGCACGUGUGUCGCCUGGGGCUGAGGGACCGCCGGCGCCGCGCCGAGCCCCGCGACUGGGAGAGCUGGCCGGCCGACGUGGCCACGGCCAAGGCGCGCUGCCGGGCGUUCUGGAGGGCGAAGCUCGGCCCGGGGCCCGUCAGGGCGAGUCCGGCGCCCCAGGGGCAGACAGCGGGCGCAGAGCGGGGAGAGAGCCAAGACGUCGGGGGUGCCCGCACAGCUCCUCGCAGAACUAAGAGGGGCUUCACUUACCCCGGUACACUGUGGUGUGGGGCGGGCAACAACGCCGAGCAUUACGACCACUUAGGCGAGUUCGCGGACACGGACAGCUGCUGCAGGGAACACGACCACUGCCCGUACGUGAUCCAGCCCUUCUCGUCCCGGUACGGCUACCGGAACUUCCGCUGGCACACGAUCUGCCACUGCGACUGUGACAACGCACUGAAGGCGUGUUUGAGGAAGGUGAACGACACGUCCUCCAGGGUGGUGGGGCAGGCCUUCUUCAACGUGAUACAGGUGCCCUGCUUUGAAUUCAGGUACGAGGAGCAGUGCGUGGAGCGCCUGUGGUACGGGUGGUGUCAGAGAUAUGAGAAGGUCCCCAUCGCGGUGGCCCAGGAAUCCGUCACUUACGACUUCGGCGGAAUAGAGGUCAUCGACGAGCUCACCAUCGCUCCGCCGGCGAGGAAGGACGAGGAGGAAGAGGGGGCCAGGGCUCCAGCCACGGCAACGCAGGCCCCGCCGGCGCUCGGCCACAUGGUCACCGCCGCGGAGGACUUCAUCAAGGUGCUGGCCACCGUUUCCACCUCGCAGUCCACCGUGGCCGAGAGCGCCAAGGAGGAGAGGGAGCAGGGCGCCGAGCAGAAGAAGAACAAGAAGACCAGCAGGAAGAAGAACAAGAAGAACAAGAACAAAAAGAAGAAGAAGGGCAAGGGCAAGGGCAAGAGGAGACGGCAAGGAAUCACCGACGUUUCCAAACUGGAGGGGGUGGGGUCCAUCCCACGCAGCGUCAGCCCGGCCGACGGGAGUCUCGCCAAGAGCGAUUUCCUGGAGGACUCCGGCCGCUACGACCACAAGGGCAGGUUCGCCGCCCCACGGGACGGUUUCCUGGACGCGGGCGGCAGGGACGACCCCUUCAACGACGUCAUGCAGGACGAGCCGCUCGGAGCGACCCCCGCCGGCACGAGAACGCCACCGCCACCGCCACCGCGCGCCGUCGAAAUGGCCGCCGGGGAGCCCGUACCCCGGGGGGCGCAGCAGAGCAACGGUGGGCUCCCUCCGGCCCCUCCUGGCGAGUCCACGCCCAGACCGCCGAAGAGCAAGAGGCCCAGGUCCAAGGAAAGCAGAGGGAAGAAGAGGAGAAAGACGCCCAGGAACAGCACUAACCCCACGAAGGCACACACAUCCUAGUGUAGUGCUUUACCCCAGUCUCUUCCAGAGCAGGGGCAGGCCAUUCUAGUUCUCCAUCCCCACAGGACCUGUUCCGUUGGCGCCCGAUCAACACCCAGAGAGAGCGAGAGAUGAGGGGCUUGUUACAUUCAGCAUGGUGGAGGUGAUCAACAAUCAAGCUCUGGAGUUACCUCCCCCUGCCGCCGGAUCCAGACAAGGGGGGCCGGCUGAGCCCGCUAACUGCUGCUGCACAAUGUAAGCAUGCAUGCUCUGCGGGUCUCGUUCUUAUUAGAGGUAGCUAUGCUGUGAUAACACUGCUGUAUGUGCACGUGGCGUGACUGCUAUAGAAUAUGACUCCCCACCCCUGGAGGUGAUGACUGACUGCUUGCUUGCUGGCUGCCUGUUCGGGUCGUGACAAGGCUGUGCAUUCAGGUGACUGCUGGGUAGACUGUGGCCAAGGAAGCACAUCGCAAAGUUAUAUGAGGUUGAGGAAGAGCAGACCAUCUACAACAGGGAAUGAAAAGUUUUAACACCAGUAUUCCAAUGUAAAUGAAUGUUUUCCCCCCCCCCACGAUGGUGUCGCCAUUGUGUAUGGACAAAAGUGCGAGAAUCAAUCUAAAAAAACUCAUUUUGGCUGCGCUGUUGAUCGAUCUUCCCCCGCUGUUACUACAUCAGGAGGAAGCCUGGUGAGAGGGUGGAAUGGUGCAAUCAAUCAAAUCAAGGUUUAUUCAAUCACAAGAGGAAAUUAGUUGCCUUGCAGCUACUUCACCCAAUGACAACCAGUUAACUGCCAAUUACAAUCAAUGUUGCACAGGAAGACCAUGCACUCCAUCAUUAGCUAGGGUAAUUCUGUUCUCCAUGCUGUGUUAAGAGACUUUGACUCUGUAUAAGGCUGCACUUCUCAGGGAGCAAGAGGGAUGAAUUCUUCAAAAGGCAUAAUCCCCCUCAGUAUUGAGCACAUCUCUCUCCAUGUUAGCUGCGUGCAGAUACUUCUGGCACAGCAAUAGAAUAACGCUCCUGAGCCCAAAUCACCUGACCCUCACGUUUUUGUCAAAGUUGGAUUGGCGAUGCCAAUUUGAAGGUUGCCUUCCAUAACCACCUUCAACACGCAUAAUCGUUUAUAACCACUUCUCAAGCAGAUAAAACAGGUACACGGCUGUAUGCAUACAACAUGGCACAAGCAAGGACUUCUGCUGUGGAAAAUGUUCUGUAUUAUGGAUAUUAACGUCCCUGAUAUCUGCUGUAUUUUGGAAAGAACAAUUGUUAUUAGAGCAUCAUAUGUAGCUUCUACGAAGGGGUCAUGCUGGCUACCUUAGGCCACAUUUACUGUUUAACUGCAAUACUUCAAUGUUUGUCUUGUCAGAAUUCACAUUAUAAACAGGCAGCAGUGUUCAGGGCUCUGGACUAGAGGAUCGGGCGUUUAACGCUGAGUGGGCAGUGCAGUUGUGCCCUUAACCAAGGCACUGCACUCACAUCGAUCCAGUGACAGUCGGGCUGUCUGAUGAACCUGCAGGCUGUUAUCGGGGAGAAAAAAAGACCUUUUGUCUACACUGCUUAAUUUAGCCAAAUGGCUUCUGCUCAUUUCUAAUGUAUAUUAUUCUCCAGUUGAUCAAAUAAAGGAAUGAAAUGAU